GUCACCAUACAUGAAGGAUGAGAAAGAGUCCGUACCCAUUCAAGGUUUCAGCAAAUAUCUUGGUCCUGACGCUCAACAACUAAAGAGAGAAGUACAAGUUCCAAUCAAAAAGGAGGAGGUAGAGCUGCCAUAUGUAAAAGAGGAGGACAAUAUCACCAUGUCGACCGGUGAGCCCUUGAAUGGCGAGGAUAGUCCGAGUGAGGUCAGCAGAGGGACGGAGCCUCCAAGCGGCGGCAGCAGCAGCUCAACAGAAGGAUUGCAAACACAGAUUUUCAUCCCACCAUCAAACAGAAAUGGUGCCAUGUCACACUCACCUUGCAAGGAUGAUCAUGGUCAUAAGAAAUCUCACCGUGACGGCCAACUCUGCAAAUGCUCUCUGUGUGGGAAAACCUUUGCUAAUAACUCUAAUUAUCGUAUGCAUAUGAGGAGCCACACCGGUGAAAAACCUUUUUCCUGCUCAGUUUGUGGGAAAAGAUUCACUCGGAAGAGCAACUUUGACAGACACACAAGAACCCACACUGGUGAAAAACCUUUUUCCUGCUCAGUUUGUGGUCACACUUUCACUGAAAAGAAAAACUUACAAACACACACAAGAACCCACACUGGUGAAAAACCUUUUUCCUGCUCAGUUUGUGGUCAAGGAUUCAGCCAUAAGGGUACCUUAAAAUUCCACACAAGAACCCACACUGGUGAAAAACCUUUUUCAUGCUCAGUUUGUGGCCAAGGAUUCACUAAAAUUCCCCACUUAAAAUCCCACACAAGAACCCACACUGGUGAAAAACCUUUUUCCUGCUCAGUUUGUGGUCAAGGAUUCAGCCAUAAGAGUACCUUAAAAUCCCACACAAGAACCCACACUGGUGAAAAACCUUUUUCCUGCUCAGUUUGUGGUCAAGGAUUCAGCCAUAAGGGUACCUUAAAAUCCCACACAAGAACCCACACUGGUGAAAAACCUUUUUCCUGCUCAGUUUGUGGCCAAGGAUUCACGCAAAUUCCCUACUUAAAAGCACACACAAGAACCCACACUGGUGAAAAACCUUUUUCCUGCUCAGAUUGUGGUCAAGGAUUUAGUGAGACGAGUGCCUUAAAAGCCCACACAAGAACCCACACUGGUGAAAAACCUUUUUCCUGCUCAGUUUGUGGUCAAGGGUUCAGCCAUAAGGGUACCUUAAAAUCCCACACAAGAACCCACACUGGUGAAAAACCUUUUUCCUGCUCAGUUUGUGGCCAAGGAUUCACCCAUAAGGGUACCUUAAAAUCCCACACAAGAACCCACACUGGUGAAAAACCUUUUUCCUGCUCAGUUUGUGGUCAAGGAUUCAGCCAUAAGGGUACCUUAAAAUCCCACACAAGAACCCACACUGGUGAAAAACCUUUUUCCUGCUCAGUUUGUGGCCAAGGAUUCACUCUAGUUCACCACUUAAAAGGACACACAAGAACCCACACUGGUGAAAAACCUUUUUCCUGCUCAGUUUGUGGUAAAAAAUUUGCUCACAUGGAUCGGACUAAAAGACAUGUGUGUAUUGGUGUGAAAAGCAGUGGCCAAUGACUGUUUUGCCUGUCAUCCAUGCUGCCUAGGUCAGAUUGUGCACACAGGUCAAUUGUAGUCUGCAGAGUUUCCUCAAAUCCUGUUGAGGAUUGGCAGUAUUGGUGCUUUACAUGUGCUUUGUCCAAUCCUUGCAUAAUGUGGAUGCACACUAUUGCCAAAAGUAUUGGCCCACCUGAUUGAACCCUCAAGUUGAGUGGCAUUAUUUAUUCAAUACUCUCCCUCUUUCAAACUACACU